AUGGCGGGCGACAAAGCAGCCUCCGGUCUCGAUCUGGACCUUCAGGCGGUGGAGAAUGUCCCCCGAGACACCUUGGUAGCGCUGCUUCGAAGAAAGGACAAGGAAGUGAAGACGCACCAAGGGAAGCUCGAGAAGCUUGAAGAGAGGUAUGUCAAGGUGGUGCGCUUCAACAAAAUCCUUAUGGAGGAUCGUCAAUCCUUCCAGCGUUUCUGUCACGAGCUGCUCCCCGAAUGCGACGGGGCUUUCGAAGAAGCAGCUGCGCAAGAAGCGCCAACUGACUUGAAUGAACUGCUGCGACAACUGGCUGUCUGGAGACGCAGUGCUGAGUCCGCUAGUGAGGACCGCAAGGUCUUUCAGCAGUUCCUGCAACUCGUUUUUCCUUCCGACGAGACUGUCGCAGAACUCUUGAAGAGGCCAUCUCUGGGCGAAGAAGCUUUCGAUCGCUUGCAACAGCGUUGGAUGCAACUUGAGGACCUGCACAACCAGUCGCUGGCCAGCUUGAAUGAGAUGGCACGGCAGCAGGUUCAGGAAAAGGCUUCGGAGAUCCAGGUCCACCAGAAAGCACUUCGGGAGGCGGAGGCCAAGAUGCAGGAUCUCAAAGCAGAGCUGACCAGCAUGGCCCGCGAGAAGGCACAAGUGCUUAAGCAGAAGCUCCAUGGAAAAGGAAAUCAAAACGACUCCGGCUUUCUCAUGGUGGAGGAAUCUGGUGAGGCUGCCAGCGAUGAGCUUCAGGCAGUGAUGGAGCAAAAGGCGGCAGCCGAGCGGCGUGAGAAAGAGGCUUGGCAGGCCUUAGACCGGCAACGGCAGGCGAUGCAGGUCUCCAUGGAUGACCUUCGAGCAGAGGCGCGGCGCCUCCGCAUGGACUUGGAGAGAGAGAGGGAAGAGGCUCAGAUGGCAAGGGCACAGGCGCAGAAGCUCCUGGACGAAAAGGAAGCGGCCCUUGGCCACAUGAAGCAGAAGACGAACGAGCUUGAAGAGGAGCUUUCAAGCAACGACUUCAUCGGCAGACUGGCUGAGCAGCAGGCUGGCCGGGAGGUGGAGAUGAAGAACCAGCAACGGCAGGUUCAGCAACUCAACCAAUCCUUGGCGGAAGUUCAGAAGAUGCUGCAAAUGAGCUACGCGCAAGAGAAGGUUCUGAAGGACCGCAUCCGGGAGCUGGAAUCCAGCCAAGGCCGAAGCAAUGUGGCAGGAGAUUACCUAAAGCAUGUUGUGCUCAAGUACAUUGAGUACUGCCAGAAGGGUGAUCUGAAAUCCCAGUCACUGGUUCCAGUACUGUGCACGCUGCUGAACCUCUCUCCAGCGGAGCGAAGAUUGGUGGAGCACUCCUCGAUCCCUGCACCACUCUUGCACAUCAAUCAGGCGGCCGGCGCUGCAGGCGCCUGGCUCUGGUCCGGAGAGAAGAUGCCGGAGACCACAUCUGAAAGCCCCAGUUAG